UAUGGAAGUGGUAAAUGGACCCUUUUUGUUGCAGAGAACAAGAAUGAAGAUAUCUGUGCCUCUGAUCGCAAUGCCGACUCUGUAGUAGUAGUGGACAAGACAGGAAGAGUCCGAUUCCAAUACGAUGGUACACCAGCCAUAGGGAAGAAGAAAUUUGAUCCAAAUCAGCUAGUGACAGACUCUUUGAGUCAGAUCAUUGUAGCAGAUUGGACCAACGACUGUCUACACAUUCUGGAUCAAGAUGGAGAGUUCCUGAGAUGUGUGGAUAAUUGCAAAUUAUCUAGGCCCCUAGGACUGGGUUUGGACAGCGAUGGAAGGUUGUGGGUCGGAUUAUAUGAAAAGGGAGAUGUAAAGGUGAUCCAGUACAUGAAAUAA